GGCGUGAGCCGCCAUCCUCCCCAAAACAUCAUCUCUCCAGCAUCCAGAGAGUGCCAGGGGGAAAAAUGGGAGACCGAAUAUCGUUGGUUUUCGGCCUCUUUUUGGUGGUUUUACUUGAUAUUAAUACAGGCGAAUGUAGUAUCAGUGAGAAAAUUCCGUUGGGUGCUAUUUUCGAACAAGGAACCGACGAUGUUCAAACAGCUUUCAAGUUUGCGCUGGCCAACCAUAAUCAGAAUGAGUCGGGGCGACGCUUUGAACUUCAAGCCUAUGUCGACGUCAUUAAUACAGCCGACGCUUUCAAGCUUUCCCGCUUAAUCUGUAACCAGUUUUCCAGAGGAGUCUACUCUAUGGUCGGGGCAGUCUCUCCAGACUCAUUUGACACGCUGCAUUCUUACAGUAACACCUUUCAAAUGCCCUUUGUAACGCCUUGGUUUCCAGAAAAAGUAUUGGCACCAUCGUCAGGCUUUCUAGACUUUGCGAUCUCUAUGAGGCCCGAAUACCAUCAAGCUAUUAUAGAUACUGUUAAAUAUUACGGAUGGCGAAAGAUCAUCUAUCUUUACGACUCUAAUGAUGGCUUACUAAGACUGCAGCAAAUCUACCAAGCGCUUACUCCAGGCAGCGAGCACUUUCAAGUAAAAACAGUGAGGAGAAUAAGUAACGUUACGGAAGCACUACAUUUUCUUAGAGGUCUAGAAGAACAGUCUAGAUGGGAGAAUAAGUAUGUCGUGUUGGAUUGUUCCGCUGAUAUGGCGAAAGAAAUCGUGGUGGGGCAUGUGAGGGAUUUAGCACUGGGAAGAAGAACGUACCAUUACCUCCUUUCUGGAUUGGUUAUGGACGAUAGAUGGGAAUCAGAAGUAGUAGAAUAUGGCGCCAUUAAUAUUACCGGUUUUAGAAUCGUAGAUGCUUCUAGAAAAAACGUGAAAGAAUUUCUAGAAGGGUGGAAGCGUUUAGACCCAAGUCAGACCCAAGGAGCUGGCAGAGAAACCAUAUCGGCUCAAGCCGCCCUAAUGUACGAUGCGGUUUUCGUUCUCGUGGAAGCUUUUAACAAAAUUUUAAGGAAAAAACCCGACAAUUUUAAAAAUAUUAAUACACGACCAGGCAGGGGACAGUUUUAUAAUAACGGAAGUAAAAUAUUGGAUUGCAAUGCCUCGGGAGGAUGGGUGUCGCCGUGGGAGCACGGGGAUAAAAUAUCUCGGUAUCUUCGAAAAGUUGAAAUAGAAGGUUUAACCGGUGAAAUUCGUUUCACGGAAGACGGACGACGCCUCAAUUACACCCUACACGUGGUAGAAAUGACCGUUAACAGUGCAAUGGUAAAAGUGGCAGAAUGGAGCGAUGAAACCGGUUUUAACCCGGUCGCGGCGAAAUAUACUCGAUUGAAACCAACCGCGCAUAUCGAGAGGAAUAAAACGUACAUCGUUUCAACUAUUGUGGAAGAACCUUACAUAAUCGUUAAAAAAGAGGAACCUGGAGAGCUUUUGAUGGGCAACGAUCGGUUCGAAGGCUACUGCAAAGACUUAGCUGAAUUGAUUGCCAAAAAACUAAAUAUUAACUAUGAGCUGAGGAUAGUUAAGGAUGGAAAAUAUGGAGCAGAAAAUAAUGAAGUGAAAGGAGGAUGGGAUGGGAUGGUUGGAGAGUUAGUACGCAACGAAGCAGAUAUGGCUAUCGCACCAAUGACCAUAACGUCAGAAAGGGAAAGAGUUAUUGAUUUCAGUAAACCAUUUAUGUCUCUAGGCAUUUCGAUUAUGAUUAAAAAACCAAUGAAACAAAAGCCGGGAGUUUUCAGUUUUUUAAAUCCCCUGUCUCAAGAAAUAUGGAUUAGUGUCGUGUUUGCAUUUGUGGGUGUUAGUAUUGUACUAUUCAUAGUAUCCAGAUUUUCUCCAUAUGAAUGGAGAAUACUUCAUCAUUCUGACGAACCCAUAAGACAUACACCCCAUUUGCAUACUAAUAGUGGAGGAACCAUGGCAAAUGACUUUAGUCUCAUGAACUCUCUUUGGUUUUCUUUGGCAGCUUUUAUGCAACAAGGAGGAGACAUCUCUCCAAGAUCAAUUUCCGGUCGGAUAGUCGGAGCAUGCUGGUGGUUUUUCACCCUAAUAAUAAUCUCCAGCUACACGGCUAACUUGGCGGCCUUUUUAACAGUCGAAAGAAUGGUAGCACCCAUAAACUCCCCGGAAGAUCUUGCUGCGCAAACGGAAGUUGAGUAUGGAACCUUGUACCAGGGAGCUACUUGGGAUUUCUUCAGGCGAUCCCAGAUAUCCCUCUAUUCAAAAAUGUGGGAGUUCAUGAACUCUAGGAAACACGUUUUCGUUAAAUCUUAUGAUGAAGGUAUUAAAAGGGUACGACAGUCUAAAGGAAAAUACGCACUGCUAAUUGAGUCACCCAAAAACGAUUAUACUAAUGAACGGGAGCCAUGUGAUACCAUGAAGGUUGGUCGAAACUUUGAUUCGAAGGGAUUUGGAAUUGGUACGCCUUUGGGAUCGCCCUUAAGAGAUGCUGUCAAUUUGGCUGUACUGAGUCUAAAAGAAGACGGAACAUUAACGAAGCUUAAGAACAAAUGGUGGUACGACAGAACUGAGUGUCUUAAAGAUAAACAGGAUUCAAUGCGAAACGAACUUUCUCUCAGUAAUGUCGCCGGGGUCUUCUACAUUUUGAUAGGUGGGUUGUUUUUGGCCAUGGGUGUGGCUGCCUUAGAGUUUUGCUACAAGUCUCACCUGGAAGCCAAACGAGCCAAGAUACCUAUAGGGGAUGCCCUUAAAAACAAAGCCCGAUUGACUUUGGGGGUGGGUCGGGAUUUUGACAACGGACGGUACUAUACGCCGGCCAACCAGAUAGGACCAGCUACGGAUAAUGAGACUCCACACAGUAAUACGCACACGCAAUUAAAUUGAAAAUACCAAAUCCAGUGGCCUCAACAAGGGGUAACCUAAAUAGUAUUUAAGAUCGCAGUAUGCGGCAUCUUGUACAGUGUAAAGUAGUUGUGGAAGGCUUGCAUGGAAUAUUCUGGAAGACGUAGAUACAGUGGGCGUGUAUUUAUUAAGUUAUGGCAUAAAACAAAAGGUUGGUGUUCAUCUAUUGUCAUUAGUAAUUAUAUAAUAUUAUAUAUGUACCUAAAUGUUUACAUCCUAGAUUAAUUCUCUACUAAAUAUCUAAGAUUAAAUAAAACUUAAAUCAAAAUGCACUACAUAAUAUUCUAAACAAACAAAUAAUGUCCUAAUAAAUAAAAAUAAAUUAUU